AUGGUAUUCUCGUCUCAGCUCUCAUCUCCUCCUAGUGGGUUUUGCAUGUCAGCCGCCUAUGUUCUUGGCAUACUCCUUACUGGCUCCUCACUGUUUGCACUUGAUGCCUUUGUUUCUUCUUUGGGUCGGACCUUUUCCUUGAAAGAUCUUGAUCCAGCACACUAUUUCCUUGUCAUGGAGAUUACAGCUCAACCUCAUGGCAUUAUUCUCACUCAAUGGCAGUACAUCUUGGAUCUCCUGAAGCGUGCUAGCAUGGCUAAGGCCAAACCUCUCACUUCCCCUAUGGCUAUGAACUCUAAGCUUUCUAUGGUCGGUGGUGACUCUCUCUCAGAUCCCUUGGAGUAUUGGAAUAUUGUUGUAUUAGAGUAUCUUUGGUGCACUCCGAUAUCUUAUUAUUACACUGCCAGAUAUCUUGUUCUCCAUCAACAAAGUUUGUCAGUUUCUUCACUCUCCGACAAGGCCACUAUGAAAUGGAUCGUACGGUACCUCAAGAACACAAUCGAUCGUGGACGCCAUUUCUACUCCACUUCAGCUCUGCUCACUCUUCAGGCUUUCUCUGAUGCUGAUUAG